AUGUCCGGCGGGAAGUUUACUGCGCUGAUCCAGAAGUACGAGACGGCUCUUCGGCGGCUAAGGAGAGGUUGGUUGCGGCGGGACAGGAGAAAGGCCAAAGAUGUCGAUACGAUGGUGGCCGAUUUGCAGCAGGAUAAACUGGUGCUUGAGUCGAAGGUCGCGGCGCUGAACAGGGAGAUAGUGAAGACUCUCGGACUCCAGGAGGUAGCAGACAAGCUGAGGGCUCAAGUGAGUGAUCUGGAGGAGAAGGCGCGUCGGGAUGCAGAGGCUUCUGCUGCUGAGAUGGAGCGUCUCCGACGGUCUCGUCGAGAAUCGGUCGAGGCGGCUGUGACUCAGGUCUUCGACUCGGUGAAUGACUGGUAUGCUCCUCGCCUCCAUCGCUUGUCGGAGUUCGUCGCGCAGCGGGACAUGGUUGAAGCCGCUGUGGGGAGGAGGCAAGUCGACGAAGCUCUCCUCAACUUUGUGAAGAAGAUUCGGGGAGUGGAUCUGAACUUCGACGCGGUGGAGGAGAAGCUCGCGGCUAAGCUGGCGAAGAGCAUCGCGGAUGGGGAUGCGAUUGACGAAGUUGUUAUCGAUGAUGAUGACUUCGCUCCGCCUAACAGCCUUAAACGGCUGGUGCUGCCGGGAUCUCCUUCUCGUCGAGAUGGUGGUGGUGCGGAUCCGGGUGCGGGACCCUCUACUUCUGGGGCCAAGUCUGCUUAG